AUGCUCGCCGCGUGCCCCUCCCUCACCCCUGGGACCAAGCCGCAGCGUCAGCCAGCUUCAGCCACCAAGUUUGCAGGGGUGAUUUGCCCCCAGCAAGUCAACGGAAGAAGCCACCGCCAAAGCGACCGACUCAGUAGGCUGGUGACCGAUGAGCCGGACCGGGAAGCAGAAGAGGUGAUGGAGAGAAUGAUGUAUGAAAUGGAUGCUUGCGCCGGUGUAGAGGCCGUUUUGAAAUGA